AUGGUCAUCAACCCCACCUACCUCGCUCAGCGCACGCGCUCAUCGGUCAACUGGACUGAUGCGAAGAAGAGGGUCAUUCACAGCUACCGGGACUGGCUGCGGUCGGCUCCCGAGAUCCAGACCAUGUACUCGCUGAACAUGCCGGUAUCUACACUUCGGACGAAAAUGCGGCAGGAAUUUGAGCGGCAUCGAUACGUGAAUCAACUAAAGACGGUGGAUGUACUGCUGUUCAACAGUCACCAGGAGUUCCAGGAGACGCUCAACUUCUGGAAGCAGCUGUCCCACGUUCUCAAGUACUUUCGUGCUGAGGAAGACCCCAAGGCCCGGCUACCAAACAACUUCAUCAACGGCUUCUUGGAGGGUCGCAACUGAUUUGACUAUUACUACCAGAGUCCAAGAACAACCAAGAACAAAAUUCGGUGUAUAUAGCUGAAGUCAAUACCAUUUUCCUUUCCCUUCGCCGAUGAACUAUGCUACCCUUUAACGCCGGUAAUGCAAUGCUAUCAUAACAACCGCGUCGCGGGCCUACUCCUCCAU